AUGUCUGUCCCUGCCUUCGCUGAUAUCGCCAAGUCGGCCAACGAUCUCCUCAACAAGGAUUUCUACCACCUGUCCGCCACCACCUUCGAGUUCAAGGACACUGCCCCCAAUGGCGUUGCCUUCAAGGUCACUGGCAAGUCCAGCCACGACAAGGUCACCGCCGGUGCUAUUGAGGGAAAAUACACCGACAAGCCUACUGGUACGGCAUCACCCCCAAAUCAUGACCCCAGCUCCAAACCAUCACCACCCAAGCGAAAACCUCGCAAAUCACCACACUCUUCUUCUUCCCCUUCUCUUAGACUGGGACGCAUUCUUGGCCCCAGAACUGGCUGGCCGCUAGAAUUUGCGGCCAUGUUCCAGCCAGGAAACAAUGGCUAUGCUCAGCUGCUAAUGCUAUAUUCGCGCGCAGGCCUGACCCUCACCCAGACCUGGAACACCGCCAACGCUCUCGACACCAAGCUCGAGGUCAACGACACCCUCGCCAAGGGCCUCAAGCUCGAGGGUCUCUUCAACUUCCUCCCCGCCACUAACGCCAAGGGUGCCAAGUUCAACCUCCACUUCAAGCAGCCCGGCUUCCACGGCCGUGCCUUCUUCGACCUCCUGAAGGGCCCCACCGCCAACGUCGACGCCGUCAUCGGCCACGAGGGCUUCGUCGCCGGUGGCAGCGCCGGCUACGACGUCAACAAGGCUGCCCUGACUGCCUACAGCGCCGCCGUUGGCUACACCGCCCCCCAGUACAGUGCCGCCAUCACUGCCUCUGAUAACCUCAGCGUCUUCGCUGCCUCGUACUACCACAAGGUCAACAGCCAGGUCGAGGCUGGUGCCAAGGCUACCUGGAACUCCAAGACCGGCAACACUGUCGGCCUCGAGGUUGCCAGCAAGUACCGCAUCGACCCUGUCUCCUUCGCCAAGGCCAAGGUCAACGACCGCGGUAUCGCUGCUGUCUCCUACAACGUUCUCCUCCGCGAGGGUGUUACCCUGGGUCUCGGUGGCUCUUUCGACACCCAGAAGCUCGACCAGGCCUCCCACAAGGUCGGCGCCAGCUUCACCUUCGAGGGUUAA